AAAUAAAUUUAUAAAAUUGGUUUAGUUUAUACACACACAUGGUAUUUUAACAAAAGCUGUAAGUAUACUUUCUUAUAAAAUUACAUAUUAUAAUCUCAAUCGUUUAGAAUUUUUCUUUGUUCAGAAAGAAAUAUCGUUAGAGAUAUUAUUUUUAUUCUUGUCUAACAUUAAACAACAAGCUUAAAAUAAUAUCUUUAAAUAUUCAAUGAAUUAUGAUAUAUCAAUGGAAGAAUAAUAUUGUAUUUACAACUGUCAUGUAUUGCUCGUAUUGAUUUAAUUCUUAUUCUUUGUUUUCAUUGACAGUUGAUGAAUGCUACAACGCUUAUUUUUUUCUAGUAAAAUCUAGUGAUAAAGAUCAAUAGAAAUGCACGCUACAUUUUAUAAAUGCAGCAGCAAACACGAAAAUCAUUACAUUAUCAAGUGAAUAUAAUAAUGAAAGUAAAAACAGUGCAUUAUUAAUGCCUUCUAUUACAUUAUUUAUAUACAUUUAAAUAUCAUUUUAUGAUGUUUGCACUUCAUCUUUAGUUUUCUCAAAUGGCAAUCGGUGUGCGUGAUAAUAAUUACGAGUGUAAUAGGAAUAGAUAUAACUUACAGAAAAUUGUGAGAUCCCAACGAUCAAAUCUGCACGUGUGUUUAAUAAUAAUAUCCUCGAACAUUGAUUUAGAAAAAUUUAAAAGAAAAGUAUAUUUACAUUGUGAACGUAUAAAAUUGAAAAAUCACGAGCACAAGUGUUUGAACGAAACCCCCUUUCAUCGAGACGUCUGCUUAUAUCUUUACGCUACGAAACUCCAAGUAUCAAUGUUCUCCCGCUCGCGUGCUACGCACUCGACUGACAACGGCAUACUGACAACGAUCGAUAACGGAGCUUCUUUAUAUCAUAUAAGGAAAAGGAAUCGUAAAUCUGGUCUACCUUUCAUCAGUUAAAUGAGAAAAAUGUCUUCAUGUAAUUCAGACGAAAUUUGUAGUACAAUACACGCGGUCUCGAUGCGUCUUGCGAUGCGUUUUGCCAUUCUCUUUGAAGUGCAAUUUUUCUUAUAUCUACAGCUUCUUAUAUCUAUAGCUAUAGAAUAAAUAACAUAAAUUAUUGUGGCCCGCUUCAUCUGAACUUUAUAGAACGACACGUAAAAUUAGUUACAAAAUUGAUCAUUAAUUUUUCAAAGUCUCGACAGACACGUAUGCCUAAAACUACAGACAAUAAAGAGAGAGUUCAAAGUAACUUCAAUGUAAGAUGCAAUCCCUCAAUAAUUUGAAUUUCCAAGGUAGAAGGUAAAAAUCUCUUCCUCUCCCUUGGUUUGGUGCUAGUAUCAGUAAAUCUGUCGUACCGAACGUAUCGGAUACGUUACCUGAUAUUUCUUAGUUGAAAGUUUUCUAACGAGAAAGUUCUUCUAGAAACCUGCAUACUGUGCGACAGUUGAAAAGAUUUUUGUACAUAACUCUUUUGAAUUGUUCAUUGUGCAAAUAUCACGAUGAUUGAUAAACAAUUACAAGCGUAUCGCAAGUACCAACGCUUCAUUAAGACUAUUCUCACUGUGACUGGCUGUUGGUACAUGCCCACAAAAUCAGGCAAGUCUACGUACUACUGGCCAAUUUGUGUACUUUUGCUAAUGAACGUGUACUUGAUACUCAUCUUGCAUACAACUUAUGUCUUUAGACAUAACUUGGUAAAUAUGAUGAAAAUGACAGGCGUAGCUAUAUCUUCAAUUAGCGCCAUUAUCAAGGUGACAACUUUCAUGGUACAUCGCAAAUCUCUCAAAAAUUGUCACCGGAUACUGAGUGAUUUUUUUGAGGAGGAGCUUACGCAAAACAAACAAAUCCGGAGGAUAAUGUUCUCGUCCCUGCGUGCAACGUACACGAUGGCGUAUGCAUAUUUCAUCAUUUUGAUAUCAUUAAUUUCGGGAUAUGCUGCGCCUCCGAUUAUAUCCAUGAUCCGCGAUCUCUGUCACUUGCGUUUAACUACAAACUACAACUUGCCGGUCGGCAGAGGACACUUAUACUUCUGGACCGUUCCCGAUAAUUUGUUGUAUCAUCUUCAUUUUUUCUACGAACUGACGCAAACGUCGUUGUCCAGCAUGCUGGCGUGCGCUAUUGAGAGCGUUUUUGGCUUCUACACCUAUUUAUUCGCCUCGACGGUGCGCGUCAUGAUUUUCAGACUCACGAAUCCUUUGCCUACAGACAAGUUUUCGGAUGUGUUGAAAAUGUGCAUUAAGAAACAUCAAAAAUUGCUAAAAUGCCGCGAUACGCUGGAGAGAGUUUUUGGACCAAUCGUCCUUUGGCAUGUUGUCUCCAAUUCCAUCCUUCUUUGCUCGUUGAUAUACGAGACUGUAAAUAUGGAAUUUAGUUUUGCCAACAUAACCGUAAUUGUGCCAUACUCUUCAAUAAAGCUACUCCAAAUGUUUAUAUAUGCACAGUACGGCACUGUUCUUACAAAUGCGAGCGAUGAUUUUCGUAAAGGAAUAUACUUUAGUGAGUGGCCUAACUCUGAUCUCGAUUGUCACGUCAAAACAAAUGUUAUUCUGAUGUUGAUGCAAAAACCGAUGACCAUAUACGCAAUUUUCUCCCCCGUCGAGAUGAUCAUGUUCACUAAUGUCAUAAACACUACAAUGUCCUAUUUCUUCCUGUUGCGCUCUAAAGACGGAUAAAAAUGGAUCAUGUAUAUGACUCGUAGAUACUGGCAAACACGAUGUUGCGUUAUUGUCAGAAUAUAAUUUAGAAAGUACAAUCAAAGCUUUAUUAACUUUUUAUUAUUACACUAUUGAUAUUUAAAAUGUUUAAACUAUUUCUAUUAAAAUAUAUAAAUAAUUGUGGGAUUAUUUUCCAUCUAGACGUUUGUUAACACAGUUAUGUUCACCAAUCUCGUGAAUACUACAAUAGUCUAUUCUUCUUGUUGCAAUUUGUCGGUGACAAAGUGAGAUAAUGGACCGUAUGUAUGUUUUAUAAACACUAAUAAGUAUGUAAAAUUAUUGUGUUAUUAUAAAAAAAUCAAUGCACCAUUAAUAUCUUUUAUUGUUACACUGUUAACGGUUAAUUUAUAAACAAUUAUAAACAAUAACUUUACUUGUUAUUGCGUUUUUCUUUUAUUUAUUUAAAAAAAAAUCGGUGUUUAAGCUAAUAAUUACAUAGCAUAACUUUUUUAGCACGUAAGUGUAUAUAAAGUUGAAAAAUGAACAGUUCUGCAUGUUCACGUGUGGUAAUGAGGUUUUCAAGUUACAUUGACCUACUGCGUAGAGAAAAUAUGUCGAUAUCACAGAUAUACUAUCGAGAAAAGUUUUAAGUAAAUGAAUGAAACUUUCUUUCAUCUAAAAUCUAAACGUUUGCAUAUACCCUCAGGCUAUCAAAC